UGUUCCUUGUUCAUGCAGUAGCUGCAAAAGGAGAUGAGGGCCACCCUCUCCCUGUGUUUGCUGGUGGCCGCGCUUCACCCUGCUGUCCACAGCUUGCCCCAGCCUGGCCACCACGAUGGCCAGCACAAAGUGACUUACCCUCAGGAGCAGCAUCCCUGCGGGGAAGAGCCUGGAGGAUCCUGCCACAGGAUAGUCCCCAGCAACACUGACUUUGCCUUCAGGUUUUACAGACAAGCGACCACGGAGGACCCUGUCAGGAACAUUUUUUUCUCUCCAGUCAGCAUCUCCGCUGGCUUUGCCCUGCUGGCCCUGGGCUCCAGAUCCUCUACUCAGGCUCAAAUUCUGAAAGGACUCGCCUUUAACCUCACCAAGAUCCGGGAGGAGGAGGUACAUGACGGCUUUCGUCAUCUCCUCCUCAAGCUGAACCGCCCUGACAGCCAGAUGCAGCUGGCUAUGGGGAACAUCCUGUUCACAGAUGAACAACUCAAGCCACUGAAAACAUUUCUGAAGGACAGCAAAAAAUUGUAUAAAGCAAAAGUUAUUUCUAGUAACUUUCAGAAUUCCACUGAAGCUGAAAAAGAGAUCAAUGAUUACAUAAAGAACAAAACCCAUGGGAAGGUAAAGCAAAUAGUUGAAGACCUUGAUCCAGACACUCUAAUGGUUCUUAUUAAUUAUAUUUACUUCAAAGCCUACUGGGAAAAUCCUUUCAAUAUCAAGGGGACGCGUAAGGAUUAUUUCUAUGUGAAUGAGAAGACUUCAGUUGAAGUGGAGAUGAUGAAUCGAGAUGGGUUUUAUCAAAGCUACUCUGACAGAAAGCUUUCUUGUGAGGUGGUGCAGAUUCCUUACAAGGGAGAUGUGGUGGCAUUAUUUAUCCUGCCCAGCAAAGGAAAAAUGAAACGAUUGGAGGAUGCCCUUACAAAAGACACUGUGUCUAAAUGGGAAAAAUCAUUUGAAAGACGGAGGAUGGAAGUGUAUAUUCCAAAACUAUCUAUUUAUGGCACCUAUGACUUAAAGAAGAUGUUCAUGAAUCUCGGUGUAACUGAUGUGUUUUCUGACCAUGCUGAUCUAUCUGGAAUCAUGGAAACACCUGAUAUAAAGAUUUCAAAAGCUGUCCACAAGGCCCUGCUGAAUAUCCACGAGAAUGGCACAGAGGCUGCAGGAGGCACUUAUACAGAAUUCCUUCCUCAUUCUGUUCCUCCUGUUGUUAAAUUCAACCGUCCAUUUUUGCUGUUGAUUGUUGAUCGAUAUUCUCAGAGCGUCCUCUUCAUGGGAAAAAUUGUAAACCCUACUGAAAAAUGA